AUGAUGGGACAGGCUGCACCUGAGGGAUCUCCCAGCUCUCAUCGUCUCUCAGUAAAAACUCAAGAGGAUGAUCAAGACCUAGCAGAGAGUGUGCUCAGUCGGUCUCAGUCUGUGUGUGAUGACACCUCCUCUGAGCUGCAGCGAGUAGCGGCACUGGAGCCUCAAGAUGGGCCAUCUAGAAACUCCUUUAGAGGCAGAGGAGCACUAUCCAGGUUGGUGAGUCUGGUGGUCACUCUGAGAGAUUGGGCACACAGAAGUCUGAUAGAGGAGGAGGAGAGACCAGAUUCUUUCCUGGAGAGAUUCCGAGGACCCGAAGUACGAGCCCCACCCAGUCGAAUCAGCAACAACCAACCAGAUGCCAAUGGCAACAUUAAAGGAAAUAUAAAGAAGAAAUGGGAGACAUUUAUAAUUUCUUCCUCUGAUGAUGUGUACUAUUACUGGCUGUUCUUCAUUGCUGCAGCUGUGCUAUAUAACUGGGUUCUGCUUGUAGCCAGGGCAUGUUUUGAUCAGCUGCAGACUGAAAAUCCCAUUGUCUGGCUGGUUUUGGACUAUAUAUGUGAUUUUGUCUACAUACUGGAUUCAUGUAUGCGGCUAAGGACAGGUUACCUGGAGCAGGGACUUCUGGUGAAGGACCUGGCAAAACUGAAGGACAGCUACAUUAAUACUUUUCAGUUCAAAAUGGACCUUAUCUCCAUUCUCCCAACUGACCUGGCCUACAUCAGCAUGGGCAUCAAUACACCGCAACUCCGCUUCAACCGUCUCCUUCGCUUCUCACGUAUGUUCGAGUUCUUUAACCGAACAGAGACAAGAACCAACUACCCAAACAUCUUCCGUAUCUGGAACUUGGUGCUUUACAUCCUGGUCAUUAUUCAUUGGAAUGCCUGCAUCUACUUUGCCAUCUCAAAGUCUCUUGGCUUUGGGUCUGAUCAGUGGGUUUAUCCCAACAUUACACUCCCAGAGUUCGGAGAUUUGAGACGGUGUUACGUGUACUGCUUCUACUGGUCCACACUGACACUCACCACCAUUGGUGAAAUGCCACCACCUGUACGGGAUGAGGAGUAUGUGUUUGUGGUGUUUGACUUUCUUGUUGGAGUCCUAAUCUUCGCCACCAUCGUAGGUAAUGUAGGUGCCAUGAUUUCAAAUAUGAAUGCCACACGGGCAGAGUUUCAGGCACGGAUCGAUGCUAUUAAACAUUACAUGCAUUUCCGCAAGGUUAGCCGCAACCUUGAGACACGUGUAAUCAAAUGGUUUGACUACCUCUGGACUAAUCAGAAAGCAGUUGAUGAACAGGAAGUCUUAAAGAAUCUUCCUGACAAGCUACGUGCAGAAAUUGCUAUCAAUGUUCAUUUAUCCACUCUGAAGAAAGUUCGUAUCUUUCAGGAUUGUGAGGCUGGGCUGUUAGUUGAGCUAGUUUUAAAACUGCGCCCCCAGGUGUACAGUCCUGGCGACUACAUAUGUCGAAAAGGAGACAUUGGAAAAGAGAUGUACAUAAUUAAAGAAGGAAAGUUAGCAGUUGUUGCUGAUGAUGGAGUGACACAGUUUGCUUUGCUAACAGCUGGAGGAUGUUUCGGGGAGAUUAGCAUUCUUAACAUUCAGGGCAGCAAAAUGGGAAACCGACGAACAGCUAACAUUCGUAGUAUUGGCUACUCAGACCUUUUCUGCCUGUCAAAGGAUGACCUAAUGGAGGCUGUAACUGAAUACCCUGAUGCUCAGAAAGUUCUGGAAGAGCGUGGAAGGGAGAUUCUGAGGAAGCAGGGACUUCUGGAUGAAAGUGCUACUGCACAGGGAGGGAUGAUUGUAAUGGAUACGGAUGAGAAGGUUGAACGUCUGGAGGGCUCAUUGGAUGGUCUACAGACACGUUUUGCCCGAUUGCUGGGAGAGUUUACGACAACUCAAAGCAGACUGAAGCAGAGAAUUACAGCGCUUGAGAGACAGCUGUGCCAUACAGGGCUUGGGCUUGUUUCAGAUCAAGAGAUGGACUUUGAGAGUGAUGGGAACACAUCACGUGCCAACUCAGCUGCACAUACACAUUCACAAAUGGACACUGAGAGGUCAACCAAUGUAGAUCCUCAACCUGAAAACCAGCACUCACCCAGGAACACCAGGAACCGGGACUAA